AUGGACGAGGUUGCUCCAGCAACAGACCAAAACGCCAGGGCGCCAGAGGAGGCCAACGCUAUCCACGAGGAGGAAACGGCCGAGAAGCUCACGUUUGCAGAGAUGUACACGUAUCUACGCAGUGAGCUUACCGGACUCGAUCUCACCAGGGUCAAAGACGUAGUCAGCACAGUCGAGUAUGCCGAAGCGAUGUUCGCAGAGGUGUUCAACGCACGACCUAAGGAACCGCUCCCUGCUGACCGCAAUCACUACCCGGAACUCCCCGAUGAAGAAGGAGAGCGAAUGCUUCAGUUCCUGCUGGCUCAUCUCAGCAGUGGGCGAUCGAACGAGCGCCAAUGGCGGGCAGCUAUGUACGAUCUAGCUCGGUCGAUCUACAAAGCGCAUACACGUCCACUUACGAAGACAAUUGACCACCGUAUCGCUGAACUUCAAGUCAAGGCAGGACCAACGAGCGACCCAUGGCCCCAAAAGCUACUCUCGAAAAAUGAGGCUACGGAUACUGAUUGGAGCGCCGUUUUCCACUCCCUCCCCUUUCGGAGUCGACGCUUCCCUUUGCAGAACGAACAUCCCGCGGUGCUCACUGAUAGCGUGGACUUGAAGACCAGAGCGGCUUUGGUAUGGACCCGCCAAGUUGGAGCGGAUGGCAUCCGCGACGAGCAGCCACGGGAGCGCUAUCACGUUCGAUUACUCAAUGUGUCCCGCUUUCUGGACGAAUCAGCACUCGAUGCCUUCAUCCAGGGACAGUUCCAUGGGUCCUACAUGUCGUAA